UAACAGAACCUCUGGAAUGGAUGGACUCUUCCAGAACAGCUUUGCUAAUUUCCAGCAGCUGGACAAUGUUCCUCAUUAAUAUCUGUCUGUCAGCAUAAUCGUCACAUCAUUUCACUCUGGUGGCAGGGACUCAGCUCCGAAUUCUGUACAGAAAAAGCACCUGGAUCCCAGUCUUUCAAUGGCUUUGAGACAACCAGAAGUGCCUGCUCUUGAGCCUAGUGGGCCUCUAGGCAAGAUGUCCCUGCCCAUCGGGAUGUACUGCCAGGCAUUCAGCUAUGAUGAUGCCCUUGAGGACCCUACGCCCAUGACUCCUCCUCCAUCUGACAUGGGCAGCAUCCCUUGGAAGUCAGUGAUUCCAGAGCGCAAGUAUCAGGACCUCGCCAAGGUGGAGGAAGGAGAGACCAGUGUCUCCUCCCGUGCCCCGCCCCCACUAUCGGCCACUGACAGUGCGGACAAGGUCCCCGUGGUGAAGGCUAAAGCUACCCAUGUCAUCAUGAGUUCUCUGAUCACAAGACAGACCCAGGAGAGCAUUCAGCAUUUUGAGCAACAGGCAGGACUGAGAGAUGCUGGCUACACACCCCACAAGGGCCUCACCACCGAGGAGACCAAGUACCUUCGAGUGGCAGAAGCACUCCACAAACUAAAGCUCCAGAGUGGAGAGAUAACAAGAGAGGAGAAGCAGCCGGCCUCCACCCAGUCCACCACAAGCAGCAGCCCCCACUCUUCCCCUAAGCAGAAGCCCAGAGGCUGGUUCAUUUCUGGUUCUUCCACAGCCUUAUCUGGCCCCAAUCUUAGCACCAUGGAUUCUGGAAGUGGGGAUAAAGACAGAAGCUCGGCAGAUAAAUGCAGCCUCUUUGGACCAAGAUCCCUCCAGAAGUCUGAUUCAGGAGGUUUUGCCAUCCAGGCCUACAAAGGAGCGCAAAAGCCUUCUCCAACGGAACUGAUUCGCACGCAGGCCACCCGAGUGGCCGAGGAUCCGGCAACGUUCAAACCACCCAAGAUGGACAUCCCAGUGAUGGAAGGGAAGAAACAGCCACCGCGGGCCCAUAGCCUCAAACCCCGGGACUUGAAUGUCCUCACAACCACUGGCUUCUAG